GGCGGCGCCGCGGCCAUGGAGAGGGCGAGCCCGGCGGCGGGGAAGCUGAACGCCGGCGGCCGCGGGGCGGGCGAUGGGCUCGGCCCCGCCGGGGGAGCCCAGCCGCGGGCGGCGGCGGCGGCGGGCAGCGCGGAGCCGGGCGAGCUCAUCGGGCGGGCUCUGGAUUUCAAGAGCGAAGGGGCGCAGUGCUACAAGGACAAGAAAUUCCGGGAGGCCAUCGGCAAGUACCACCGCGCCCUCCUGGAGCUCAAGGCUCUGCUGCUGCUGCUGAGCCAGGAGCCGCCCGGGCAGCGCCCUCCCUCCGCUGCCGCCGCUGCCGGGCUCAGCGAGGAGCAGCGGCAGGCGGUGGAGGCCAUCGAGGUUGACUGCUACAACAGCCUGGCAGCCUGCCUCCUCCAGGCCGAGCUGGUGAACUAUGAGCGAGUCAAGGAGUACUGCCUCAAAGUGCUUCAGAAAGAAGGAGAGAACUUCAAGGCACUCUAUCGAUCAGGAGUGGCAUUUUACCACCUGGGUGACUUCAACAAGGCCCUCUACUACCUGAAAGAGGCGAGAUCCCGCCAGCCAACAGAUACCAAUGUCAUACGAUAUAUUCAGCUGACAGAGAUGAAGCUCAGCAGAUGUUCCCAGAGAGAGAAGGAAGCCUUGUGAAAAUGAAGCCGCAUCAGCUGAAGUGCCCAAGGUGGAACAUUUCCUUCCCAGAAGCUCAUUUGGUGGAUUUUCCUGUUUGCUCUGCCUCAUCCUCAUCUCCUUAUCCAUCCACUUGCCCUUGAUCUUCAUUGAAUCCCAGUUUGGAAAAUAAAAGAGACUUAGACACUGGAUACGGCUGCUUGCCAACCAUGGUAAUACCCCUUCCCCAUGGCAGGAGAGCACAACGGCUACAGCCAGCCUUGUUCCAAGACAGUGUACACACCUGGAGUAGGCCAUGCUGGGGACCUUUCUGGUCCUGAGCUGACUGCCUAUUACCUAUUAGGGAAGCAACCCCCAGAACAACGACUUCCUGACCAGGCAAGUUGGAGACAAACGGUUCCUGCUCUGAGUGAUCACUGGAGCUUGGAAGAGCUGCGAAACCAAGAGAGUCACCGGUCAUUUCAUAGGGGAUGGCAAAUGCCUUUUUACCAUCAGUUCCCUGUGCCUGCUUCUCCAGUGUGUGUUAUCUGCCUCCAGUGAGAGCUCACAUGCUCCCAGUCUAAUGCCAGUGAAAACUGUUUCUGAACAUCCUCUUAAUGAAAGCACAGAGCACCCUAUGAAACCCCUGCAGAGCUGUCCCAGUGCCACAGGAGAAGGCUGUGGGCUACCACAGAACAGUGAAUGAACUGUGAGAGCGUGGUGUACAGUUUGAGGGAAAAACUGUGAAAUAAUUCAUUAAAGGCAAAUAAAAAUUAUUAAUGGGCAACAA